GUGCGCCCUCCGCCUCGUGCUCACGUUAUCAUCAGUCCGUCAGCGACAUUAGCCGCCGGCUGUCCUCGGAAAGUGGCCUGGUUCGUGUGUGUGAAAGCAGCGGGCUGGCGGGGGCUCGGUGCCAAGUGGGGAAAACACAUCCAGGCUGCUGUCUGAACGCGUAUCCAGGAAGUGGAGAGGCUCACAGUCGAGGAGGACGGAGAAGACGAGGCGGGCCGCGGCUUCCAGCAGCGGGGAAACAUGAUGGCGCCUGCUAGCGGUGGUGAUAAUGAUUCUUGUGGCGUGAGGUCUUGGUGGGACAGACUCGAGGAACCAGCCACGAUCCUGACGAAGAGGAGCACGAGUCCCGGAGGCGUCCAGGAGAGAUGGGCCUUUGGACCCACCACUGAGUGUUUUCAGCAGUGUUGUGAUUUACAGGCCUCUGAUAUUCCCAUCAGGAAAGGGAAACAAGCAACAAAAGACUAAAACUGAACACACCAAACGAGAAUGACGUCCCAAAAAGAAAGAAAAAAGAAAAAAGCCAAGCCUUGCACCUGAACAGUCGCUGGCAGUGGCCCGGAAAGAGAAGAAGGAGCCCGGGGUUGGAGGGGGGAGGCUGACCUCCCGGCUCUCCCCGCAGCCGGCCCUGCUUUCCCCCAAGGGAUGCUGGGUUUUCAGAAGCAGGGAUGUAAUGAAGCUUUGAGGGGCAGAGAAGGGGAAUUUUGAGAGAGAGGUUAAGACAGGAAAACCCUGGCCAUUGUGCAGCAGUGACCCCUCAAAAUCAAUGUGACAGACCGGCUGAUUGGCUGGAGGGUCCUGUCUCUCUGCACCUAAUCCCUCAAGGACAUGACGGGGACGCAGCUCCUUCCCGGCGAAGCCACAACUCCGCUCAAUGCGAGGGGAGCUCCAAGUUCAUAAAAGGGAUUAUUUGCAUCUGGGUGCCUGAAGCCUCCGGUGCCUCCCGGAUUUUACUUUGGAUUUGGGAUUUUAUCGCUGCUCGUCGGGAUGGAAAGCCGAGAUUUCGCCCCCCCGCACCACCUCCUGACGGAGCGGAGCGCCCUGGUCCACAGCGCCGCGUCUCGGAUGGCGCCGGGCGGCCACGGCUCCGUGCAGCACCCGGCGCACUUCCAGCCCGGGAAAUACUACUCGUCGCACCUCUCCAUGGCUCCGCACUCAGGUGCCUCCUUCAUGGGUUCCUUCCUGGCCAGCAGUCUGGGCUCCCCCCCCUCCCACCCCUCCCACCCCUCCGGACCGGCCGCCUCCCCCUCCUCCCCCUCCUACAGGGCUGGACCCCAUUCAAGCGCUUCCCCUAUCUGGUUCCCCCACUCACACGAAGGGUACCCCAGCUAUUCAGGAAGUCUUGCUUCUCCGUUUCUCCCCAUGAGUCCCCUGGAUCACCAUGGCAACACCCUCUAUGGACAGCACCGCUUCUAUGAAACUCAGAAAGAUCACUUCUAUCUGCGAGGCCUUCCCCCCCAGCCGCCCCUGCUGUCCAACAGCCACAGCCUCCCUCCGCUGUCCAGGGCCGCCCCGGGACACCCGCUGGGGUCCUGCAGCCGGGAGACGGACAGUGGAGGGGGGGGAGGGAAGAACUCCAAGGACACCGGCGAGAAAGGCGUUGCGUCCGUGUCGAAGGAGAAGGACCGAUCGAGCAGCAAGGAGCGGCACCAGGAGAGCAAAGACAAGCAGCUCCAUCUUCAUCAUCAGCUGAACCCGGUCACCACGCCGUCCGGCCACCACCACCAGGCUUACCCCCACCCCCAUCAUGCACUGCUUCCUCACCUAGCCCUCCCGGGGAGGGAGGAGGACCACAGACACUCCCUGGAGCGACACAAAGACUUCAGAGACGGCGAUCCGGGCGGUCAGGGAAUCAAACAUAUGAGUGCCUGUAAGCUGUCCGGCGGCGCCGGGGCCGAGGCUCUGUCUGGAGGAAAGGGGGGCGCGCUGAGCAGCUGCGGCGGCGGCGGGGUCGGCAGGCCCCCCUCUGGAGGCGGCAGGCGCUGCUCCAAAGACGGACCCGUUAACGGGGAGAUGAGGAUCAGCGAGUCCUCGGCCUCCUCGUCUGAAUGUAUGAGGCGUGGGGCGGCGGCGGCCACAGCGAUCCUCGCACCCCCGACCCCCCACUCCGUAGCUUCCUACUCCAUGCCUCCGCCCCCCCCUCCCCCGCCUCCUCCGCACGCCCUGCAUCUGAGCCCCACGGUGGCUGGAGGGUGGCUCCACCACGCGCACCACCACCCGCACCCUGAGUUCUACUGUCCCCCGAGCCCCCUGGCGCUCCCGUCCCCCAAAGACCCGGCGUCCGCCGCCGGAGGGUCCGGCAGGGACGAGAAAGUCUCGGGCCCCACCUACGUGCCCUCCGUCGGGCCGCAGGGGGACCUGGCUGCUCCAGACUGCCGAGGAGCGGGAGGAGGGGCGAGAAAGGCAGACGACAAGAGCGCAGAGGGGUCGUACGAGAGUCCCUCUCAUCACCUCAACCAGCUGAGCAGCUGCCAGAAGAAGGACCGAUCCCAGCCGCACCAGCAGCAGCUGGGCUACAGCAAGUCUGACAGGCCUCCCGACUGGACUCACCAUCCGCUCCACAAAGCCGGCCCCACCCGGAGCGCCCAGCCCGAGCUGCGCUCCUGCAGCCUGGAAACGUCGGCGGCCUUCAGAGACGUGGAGGUGGUCGGGGACGUCCACAGGCCCUCUCUCCCGGUAGACGCUCAGGAAGCACAUCCCGCCGCCGGGCAAGGCACGUCCAAGAGUGGAGCCGAUGGUGGCGCCGCCCCCUUCAGGGACUGCUCCCAUUCGUCGGUGGGUGGCAGGAUGGGGUCGGGGGCGGCGGAUCAGAGGGACGGGCAGAGGGUGGCGAGGAUACGCCACCAGCAGCACAACGGCCAUGGAGCUGUAGAGGACCGGGGCAGGGAGGGGAACCAGACAGCACCUUCCUGGGGGGGUCAAGGGGGACACCAGGAAGACCAGAGGAAGCCCUCCCACCACUCUCUGGCUGGUAGAGGUGAAUCUCGGGGGCUCGGCAGCAGAGCUCCCAGCAGCGACCCGGAUCAGGCCCACUCUAAGCUCCCUCCCCCUCUAACUCGCUCCUCGUCACACCCAACCGAGGGCGAGGGCAGCGCCAUGAAGAACCUGAUGAACUACAGCUCCCAGCAGCCCCUGCUGCUGCCACAGCGAAGCCCGUUUGGCGGUCUGGGCUGCCUGAAGCAGGGCGGAGACCGGCCGGAGAAGGGAGACAAGGGAGGAGCUAAAAGCGGCGACGCCCACCAGGACUCGCCCAAACAGCCGCUGCCCCUUCGCCGCGGCCCCGCCAGCGAUGGAGAGAGGGGCGACCGGGGCGGGAAGGACCCGGGGGAAGCGGGGGAGGGGGAGGUACGGCAGCCGCCCGUGGGCAUCGCGGUUGCGGUGGCCAGGCCCCCCCAUCGCUCCCAGGACAGCAGCCCGGGCCUCAGCCGGCAGGGCCGGGUGCUGCCCGGCAUGAAAGGGGUGUCGCGUCCCGUCUACCCCCUGGGCCGGGAGGCGGAGGAGAGGAAGAGGCUGUCGGACGAUCAGAUCGGCCUUCAUCACCUGGACAGAGAAAUGAUCAUCAGAGACAACAAGGACUGCGUGGAGUUUGCCAGGAUUCACCCUUCGAGCAGCUGCCACGGCGACCUGACCUCUCACCUCCUGGUCCCCGGGGGCAGCAGCCAGCUCGGAGCCGACCCCGCCGCACACGCCCACCCGGCUCACCACCACUGGAUGCAGGGGACAGGAAGUCCCUCCCUCUGGAUGGGCCACUCGUACAGUCUGAGCCAUGUGGGGAUGGGUCCCGGCUUCCCUCCCGGUCUGCCCAGCCCUCUGCAGCCCGUUCUGGGGUCGCUCACCCAGGAUCCCAGCUCCCCCCUGGUGGUUCUGCCUGCGGAGCCCGGGCCUCAUCACCACCUCGACGUCCUGGAGCCGUCGGGACUCUGGCCCUCGGUGUACGGAGGCCGAGGUCCUCCUCCCCACCUGCAGCACCACCCGGUCUACUCCCGCUCCUCCUUCCUGCGGCAGCAGGAGCUGUACGCCCUGCAGCACCAGCAGCAGCAGCGAGCCAUGGAGCGCAUGCAGCGCCAGACGCUCGGACAGAGUAAACAUGAGGACCAUGCGAUCACGAUAGACGACUCUCCUCAUGAAUCCGCCGCCUCCAGAACUCCAGCGUCUUCUUCCUCUUCGUCCUCUUCCUCCUCUUCUCCAUCCGUGGCCUCCUCCCACGUCGCCAAGCCGUUCUCGCACACGCCCCCUCCGCCCAAGACGUCCACGCCGUCUCCGGGGACGUGUCUGAGCAGCCGCCAGUCGCCCUGCUACCACUCCCCCUCCACGCGGCCGCACCCGCCCAACCCGCUGACCCCGGCGCCCAGCCCGGCCGCCGCCGCCCCGCGCUCCCCGGCGCUCAGCCCCGCCCCGUCGCACCUCCCGAAGGGGCUGGACAGAGGCGGCGAGCGAGGAGAGGGACAGCCGCCCCAGGAUUACCCACAAUCCCUGGAACCAGAUUUGCCUCCUGUCUACUCCUUCCCUUCGAUACCUGUGGGUUACAAGGCCGGGCCCUCGCCUCCCGAAGCCCGACGGGCCGAGGAGCCCACGGUGGAGGGAGAGCCGACCGAGCCGGAGUCCAGAUCCGUCCCACGCCGCAUCGCGCCGCUCACGGUCGGGGCCGAGACGGGGGAAGAGGAGGACGUGAAAGACGGCGAGGUGCUGGAAUCCCAGAGCGGAGUUACGGAGGAGGGGAGGAAGCAGACAAAAGGAUGCUCUGUCUCCGAGCCCCGCUGCAAGAAUUCUGGACUGCCGCCAUGCCCUUUCCCAGCUCCGGUCCCAGAUCCAUCCUGCCCAGCCGCAGCCACGGGCAAAACCCUAAAAGUAGAGCUCUCUCUGGGCUGCGUGGGCCGGGAGGCUGGCCUGGAGGAGCCCCGGCGAUCCAGAGAGCGGGAGGAUGAUCGGGAGCAUGGAAACGAGGACAUGGAGGAGGACCAGGGAGAGAAUGUGGAGCCUGAACCUGAAUGUAUUUUCUCUGUGCCUGUGGAGCGCGAGGAAGAGGAGGCAGAGGAGAACGAGGAGAAUGUAGAGGUGGUUCAAGACCUGGAGGAGGAGGAGGAGGAGGACCAGGAGGGGGGCGGCUCGAGUCCCGGUGUGGACGUUGUGGAAUUACCUUGCAGUUCUCCGGCUCCUUCCCAAUCCGCCGGGCAGACGGCCCCGCCCCCGGAGAGCGCGGCGGCCCAGCUCCAGGGCGCCUACAUGUGGAGCCUGGAGCUGCUGAUCGCUGCGGCCCUGUGCGCCAGCCGGGACGCCCUGUACCCCCCGCCGCCGGCCGGCCGGGCGCCGUGCCCGUCACCGCACCGCGGCAUGGAGAUACUGGGGGAGCUGGCCGACCUGGAGAUCCAGCAGAGGAGCAGGGAGGGCAAGGAAAAAGACUCUGAAGGUGAGGACACGCUGACCUUUGACCUCCGCAGUCUGGCCACGCUGGCGGCCGCCCGCGCCCUGGAGAUGGGGGGAGGGGCGGCGGACGUGGCCGGGGACGGCCGGCGGUGCCCGAUCCGGACGAGGCUGAACCUGCGCAGGAAGUGCAGCUGGACGCCUCGCCACGAGCCGGUGUGCCCGGUGAAGGGCUCCAUGGAGACGAUGGGAGGGGAGGAGCUGGCCAUGCGUGUCCAGCUGGCUGAGCUACAGCGCCGCUACAAAGAGAAACAGAGAGAACUGGCCAAACUACAGAGGAAACACGACCACCAGAAAGAGGAGACGUCUCGUAGCCCGGCUCGCCGGGGGCCCGGCCGCCCCCGCAAGCGCAAGUCCACCCCCGGCCCAGCUGCUGCGGAGAGCUCCAAGAGACUGAGGGCCGGGCUGAAUUUACUGGGGGAGAAAUCAAGGAAUUCAAUGUCCAAUCACAGCUUCAACAGCCUGAGCGCUGCUCAGAUGAAGGCUCGCUGCAAGCACAGAGGCCGGCCCAGCGCCCUGAGCUCCAGGCUGGCCCGGCGGGUCACCCAGCUGAAGCAGAAGGCUGCCACAAAGCGCAGCGUGUCCUCAGCAGCCAUGCUGCACCGCGGCGAGGACGACGCCUCCAAGAGCCUCUGUAGAGCCGCAGGAAAAGACCUGCAGCAGGACCAGGCUGCCGACCAGACCGUCAAGAGGAAGAGGGGCCGAAAGCCCAAAGCGCUGCUCAGCAUCAGCUCCAGCAGAGCUCGCCACAGAGACGGCCGGGCCGCCGAGAAGCACGAGGCCCGCGAGGAGCGGAGCGACAGCGAGAGCUCCGAGCACGAGGACGAGGACGGCAGCUACGACAGCGAAGACGGAGCGGCUGACGUCAGGACGGGCUCGUCUUCCAAAAAAGCUGCCGCCGGGUCUCUUUCGUCGCAGUCCUCCAAGAUCCAGGCAAACCAGACAGCCAGGAGUAAGAGAUCAGGACCCCCUGGCUUGGCCGGCCUGCACAGCCCGGGCCACAGGAGGAUGCCCGGGAGGCCGGGCCACGGCAGCGCAGAGCGGGGCCGUCCGGACCCCCCGGGGGCCAGCAGAGCCUCCCUGCCCGGCUGGGCCGGCCUGCCGCUGGGCCGCGGCUUCGCCGACGGCCACAGAGCUCUGGCGGAGGCCAAGAGGCCUCGCAAGGAGGACGAGAAGACGCCCGCAGGACCCGACGUCCGGGGGAAGGAGAAAGGCCACGGCGUCAGCCGGCUCCUGCAGAGCUUCGCCGCCGACGACAACUUCCGCCUGGACGAGGAGAGCAGCUUCUCCGAGGGGGAGGAGGAGGAGGACGAGGAGGACGGCUCCAAGGAGAAGUCGCUGAUCCACCUUCCUCCCAACAUGCCUUGCAGGAUACCUGCGCUGCCAAACUGCGUGCUGAGUAAAGAGAUGUUGGUCGACGGGCUGAAGAUCCUGAUCUCCAAGGAGGACGAGCUGCUGUACGCCGCCUGCGUCCAAACUCUGGACCUGCCCGACAUAUUCAGCGUCGUUAUCGAAGGGGAACGGGGGAAUCGCCCCCGGAUUUACUCGCUGGAGCAGCUACUGCAGGAAGCGGUGCUGGAUGUGCGGCCGCAGACGGAGGCCAUCCUGGCGGCGGGGACGCGAGUGUGUGCCUACUGGAGCGAGCGCUCCCGGUGCCUUUACCCCGGAUACGUCCACCGAGGGGGUCCGAGCGAGGAGGAGAAGGACGGCGGCGUGAUGGUGGAGUUUGACGACGGAGACCGAGGGAGAAUCUCCCUCGUGAACAUCAGGCUUCUUCCUCCGGGCUACCAAAUACGCUGCGCUGAGCCGUCUCCAGCUCUCCUCACCUCGCCCGGCCGGCGAGGGCGAAGGGUCUCCGUCCAGGAGAAGAAAGACUCAUCGGCAGACAAGCCGGCCAAUGAGGAGCAGGGAGGGAGACCCCAGGAGAAACGGCCAGUCGGCAGACCCAAGAAGAUCCACUCGGUGCCUGAACCCAGCGGCCCGGCCGGGUCCGGCCCGGACUCCAGGACCAAAGCCAGCGCCUCCCUGCUGAACUGGUCCAUGCAAAGGAAGCGGCCGCCGGUCGACUUCUUCCUCUUCAACGGGACGUCUCGCAAGACCCAGAAGAAGAUCCGGGAGCGCGACCUGGGGUUGUUCCACCGGCCCGCCUCCCGCCCGCCGGCGCCGCCGACCCCCAUCAAAGGCAUCUUCGGCUCUCCUUUUGAGGUGGACUCCUUCAGCAGCAUCGCCAACGGCUACUCCACCUUCGGAAGCGGGAGCUCCGCCGCCGGUCGGCCGGUUCCAACGGCGGCCGCCAUGGGACUGCAGGACCCGCCCUCGUCUUCGUCCUCCUCGUCCGCCGCCUUGGCGAUGGCGGCCGGAACCAGGAAGUCGGUGAGCGAGCGCGACAGGAAGCACUUCCUGGUGAAGCUGGACCACGAAGGGGUGACCUCCCCGAAAACGAAGAACGGCAAGGCGCUGCUGCGGCUGGGUGGGACCGGAGGGCGGGCGGGGAAGGGCCACGCCUCCGCCGGGGCGCCGAUGAGAUACAUCCAACCGGCGCUGCUGGUCAAGGACGGCAAGAAAGCAGGAGGCGAGCGAGACGGCGCCGGGCCCCGGUCCGAGGCGCUCCUGAAGGGCGUCCCCGCUUUGAGAAAGGACCUCCUCCCAGCUGGCCUGGGGGUGCAGAGCGGGGACUACAGCCUGGACUACCCCAGCGACUGCCCCAGCUCCUACUCCGAGCUGGACGAGGACGACGAGGACGACGGCCGAGACGCCCGAGCCCCGAGACGAAGCGCGGCCGUCUCAUCGUCCCACCGAGGCGGCCGCUUCCUGUCCCGCCUCUCCAUCUGCUUCUCGUCGUCUUCCUCGUCCUCCUCCUCGUCCGGCUCCAUCUCGUCCUCGUCCCUCUGCUCCUCGGACAACGACUCGUCCUACUCGUCCGACGAGGAGUCCUCCGUGCUGCUGCGCCGCGCUCUCCUCCAGCAAGACAAGCACAAGCACAGGCAGAGCGUGAACUCCGACCUGCGCAGCCCCGACCCCGCCGCCUCCAGCCCCUCCCCCUCCCCGGCCCCGGCUCACGGCUACAUGGCCAAGGCCGGCACGGGGGCCCCGGGGUCCAAGGCGAGGCCCGACAGAGCAGAGGACAGGAAGGAGUACGUCUCCAAAGGGGGCAUGAUGUCCAGCGGCAGCACGGCGAAGGCCCAGCUGAAGAGGAAGGAGGGCGUGGCCAACAGCCACCACCAGAGCCAGAGCGGCGCCGCGUGCCAGCAGAUCAAACCCGCCGCCAAAGACGCAGGGACGUCCAAGAAGCAGAGGAUGUCCUCGCCGGAGCCGCUGCCCAGCCUGACCCCCCUGCUGCCUGGACGGCAGCUCUGGAAGUGGUCUGGAAACCCCACACAGAGGCGAGGGCUAAAGGGUAAAGCCCGGAAGCUUUUCUACAAGGCCAUCGUGCGGGGCAAGGAGACGGUGCGUGUCGGAGACUGCGCCGUGUUCCUGUCACCCGGCCGGCCCCAGCUGCCCUACGUGGGCCGAGUGGAGAGCCUCUGGGAGUCCUGGAGCUCCAGCAUGGUGGUCAGGGUCAAGUGGUUCUACCACCCGGAGGAGACGCGCCUGGGGAAGCGACACCGCGACGGCAAGAACGCCCUGUACCAGUCCAGCCACGAGGACGAGAACGACGUGCAGACCAUCUCCCACCGCUGCCAGGUGGUCAGCAGGGCCGAGUACGACCACCUGACGCGGGACCGCAAGGCGGCCGGCACGGCCAACGACCUGUUCUACCUGGCCGGGACGUACGAGCCCACCACGGGCCAGCUCGUCGGCGCCGACGGCGCCGUCAUCGUGUCCUAACGGCGGCAGCCGGAGAGGAAGCCAAACGUGGAGCGGGGACAGAGGCGCAGCAAGACGAAGAAUUCCAGCUCUGCGCAUCGAUUUGUUCCCCCCGCCGGGUGACGUCUGGCUCCGCCGGCGGGCGGAGGCGGUGGGUCCGUUCACAGGAAGCGUCUGAUCCGGCAGACGAGGACCGAGCCUUCAGCCGUCCGGGACCGGCGAAGCAGGGCGGGUGCAGGAGCAGAGACCCGCUGUGGACCGCACCGGUCUGGAUGGUUCUGCCGGUCUUCAGCCGGCAGUCUGGCCGCGGCGUGGCGCCGCAGAGCGACGCAGAGCGCCGCAGAGCGCCGCAGAGCGCCGCAGAGAUCCACCAGAGGACCAACAAACACUGUAGUUUGGAGUGUGCCGUUCAGACGCGUGAAUGUGUGUUUGCAGAGCGGCCGCCGCGACCCUUUUUGGCAUUUAAUGAGCUCUGAGUAAAUAGUGCUUCAGCGUGUCUGCACGUGCACGUGCACGCGCGCGCCCGCGCCCGUCAGCGGGCUCGCCUCCCUGAAUAUUAAUCGAUCCCGCGCUGAACGCGCAGGUUUGGGCUCCGGCGGCCGAAAGGCGGCGACUCUUUCUUUCUGUUUUCUUUCCUCCGUUUUCAAGCCAUACACAUCGAUACCUCUCCCUCGCCACCGCUCAGGUGCGAGGACACAUGUACAGGUAGUGGGAUCGUUUUUAAUUGAACUGUGCGUGCAUGUCGGAGCGUGCGUGCGUGCGUGCGUGCGCGUGUGUGUGUGUGUGUGUGUGCGUGGUCGUGCGGGUGUGUGUGCUUUGUACAGCAUUACCUGUAGAAUAACAGUGUAAAUAGUUUACAUAUAUAUAUUUGUUCUUGUUUCUUUUUUUUUCUUUUGCAGAGAAGAUUAUUUUAUUUAGCUUUUUUAGAAUGUGUGUGUGUGUGUGUGUGUGUGUGUGGGCCGCGGGCUCCAGCUGAGGGAGGAGGGCAGGUUACGUUUCCUUCUGUCUCAAUGCACUGAACGGGACGGGGUUUGAUUUGGGGCGAUUCUGUUCCACUGAUACGGCGACUUUGCGACGUUGCGACUCUCGCUUCAGGCGACGGUGUGAAUUCCCAGGAAGAGAGUUUAGGAAUCGCUUUGUUUUUAUAAGGAAAUCUGAUAAAAAGAUCUUUUUAAAUGUGUCCAUAGCUCCUAUUUUUUUUCUCUCCUUUGUCGUAUUUGAAAUGUUCUUUUUUUUUUUCCUUUUCUUGGAAGCUUUUUGUUUCAACAAAUACUGGAAAGGAAGCUGUGUUUCUGCUGUUCUCUGUCCAUUUUAGCCUGUAUACCUACAGAAGAAACAAAAUGUAGAUAUUUAUCCGGCAGCAGAGGAAACAUACCAAAGCAGCUGAGUUUACGCUCCUCCGCAGCAGAAAGGAAGACGGCUCCAUGAAAGACGUUCAAUCAGACCUGGAUCCGGGACCCCUGCAAUCUCCGAGGGGUUUGACAGCGCUCCCCUCGUCCGGCGCCGCUCCGGCAGACACUGCAGCGACGCCGCUGCCCAGCCGAUGCACUUGAGGUCUCCAUGGCGACGGGGACGGCGUCACGUGACUGUGAAGGACAAUCAGAGCCAAUCAAUGGGACAGAAGAAGAGAGAGACACAAGAUGAGGAUCAAAUCACAGAUUAUGCUUCUUGUCACUUUUAUUCCUACUUUGCCAAAAAAAAAAAAUGUCCGUCUGUGUGUGUUUUUCUUUUUCGUUUCUCCUCGUUCGCCGUUGUCUUUUUGUUGAUGCAAAGCCUACAGGGGGGAGAACGGGAGCGCCUCUUUCCUUUUUCUUUCAGGACGUCGACUGACUUUUACCAACAUCGUCGCUGUUACACUGCAAAGCAAAAGCUUUAAAUGGAACCUAAUGUGAAAUUCAGUUUUGAAUUAUUACUUUAAUGGGUCUUUAAUUGAUUUUUUUGGGUUUUUUUUUUUUAAAGCUGUAUUCUCUUUAAGAAACACUGGAUUCACUGUUAAACAUCACAUCUUGACAGAGGCGAGAGCAUUGCGGUUUUUUGUUUUUUUUAGUUUUUUUUUCUUUUUAGACCCACUGGAACCUGCUUUGUAUGGUUGAGAUAGCCUACUAAAAUAUAUUAUGUAAUCUCAGUCAUUCUUUGGAAAUACGACUUAAAUAUUUCCUCAUGUACAAAGAGAAAAAAAAAUAUUUAUCUUAAUUUUAUUGCCUUUUUUGUGUUUCAUU